CCUUCAGUCAGAGUCGAGGGGAAGUGAUGCCCUCGUUCAUUCAACGCUGCUGUUACUGCGACACCCAAAGGUCUGUCAACACAGAAACAUGGCCGCCUCUGCGACGAACACAAAUAACAACAACGACACGGCGAAAGACUGUCUGAACUGUCACAAAGAGUCGCUGUCGCAGUGUCAGGAAAUCAUAAAACCGACCAUCACGGAGCUGACCAAAGAAGUGAGGACGAACAUCCUCUGCACGGUGGAAGGAUGCGGCAAGAUUCUCCCCAACACACCUGCGCUCAACAUGCACCUGGUCAAGUCUCACAGAAUAAAGGACUGUAUUGUCAAUCCCACAGUCCGAAAGGAGACGAAGGGCUCGCAGAAACUUUACUGCUGUCCCAUUGAGGGCUGUCCAAGGGGCCCUAACAGACCUUUCUCCCAGUUCUCACUGGUUAAGCAACACUACAUGAAGAUGCAUGCAGAGAAAAAACACAAGUGCUCCAAAUGCAGCAAUGGCUACAGUACACAAUGGGACCUAAAGAGACACAUAGAAGACUGUGGGAAGACCUAUGAGUGUACGUGUGGCUGCCCCUAUGCAAGCAGGGCUGCCUUGCUGUCGCACAUCUACAGGACAGGUCAUGAAAUUCCAAAAGAGCACAGAGUUCCUCCAGUAAAAAAGCGAAAGAUAGAGAAACAUUUAAGUGAUUCAGAAAAAGUGAAGGUUAACGAUUCAGUUCAGAUUAAGCCUUCUACUAAGGACUUGGACACAGCUCACCCUUCUGAUUCGACUGUAUACAUCCUAGAUCCAGCUAAACAGCACUCCAGUUCUCACAAGAGUCUUCAGAAGUUGCUCCUACCAAAGCCCAAAAUGGCUUUGGUCAGCGUGCCUGUGAUGCAGUUGGCACAUCUGCCGGUCCUCCUUCCAUCUGCAGAAAGUGGGACUCUAAGGUCUGUAGUUCUUGCAGUGGACAGCCAUGGUUCGGUCAGCACACUUCAGCUCUUGCCACAGACCUCAGGAGCAGUGGUACCCCAACUUGAUGGAAAAAGUUUGACUUUUGAAAAUAGCAUGGCCACUUCCCACUCUAUCCAAUGUUGCGUUAACACUGGAGUACAGGUCAGUCAGGACUCUGCAAGUUCAGAUGCACCAACCAAUGGUGUGACAGGACUACGAGGAAGGAGCACCUCUACCAACAUUCAGACGGACAAAUCCUAUUUGUCAAAAAUGCCCCCAGGGGGUGUAGUCGGGGAGGAAAUAGGUUUGUAUUCUAUGGAGGGUGAGUCUUCGAUUUCAUCUUGUUCCCAAACGGACAUCAGCGUGAGUGCCCAAGUCCUUCUGCCAGUUAGUGUUGAAACCCAGACAAUCUUCUCCCAAGCCAAAUCCACAUCGUCUGUUGGAGCUCAGACAGACGGCCAAUGCCUGAGCCAAGAUACGUGCCCCUCCUCGUCUGUGCUCCCAUACAAUACCAGGCAGACACAGACAUACUUUGCCUUGCCACAGUUAGAGGACAGGGCUCAGGACCAGGCUAUUAUGUGCUCUGAUCUUUUUGAGAACGAGCCUCUUAGUGUUUCUACCCAGACCGCCCCUGAUAUAAAUGACCACCUUAGUGCUGCAGGAAGAAAUAUAUAUGAAGACUCUAAAUCUUGUGCUAUGUGCUUCGGUGUGCAGACAAGCGAACUUGGUGCAAACAACAUGGCAGAUAACCAGACCCAAACAAUGACACUGUUAAAUGACCUUGAAAACAUUCUGUCCAGCAGCAUGUCCGGCCACCAGGUCCUCACAGAGGCCUCAGCAGGCUGUGGGUCAGGUCCAGGCUCCGUUCAGGAGCAAAACAACGGAAUAGAAUUUGACUUUGAAGAGUUCCUUAAUGCUGUGAACAUUCAAACGCAGACGGAGGAGAGUGAGCUGGGCGUACUGGGUGGCGACACACCGCUAGAAUCUCUGGACAUUCAGACACAGACCGAUUUCUUCCUCAUGGAUGAUCUGGACCAAAGUGAGGGGCAAAGUCGAACCCAAGCCAGUGACCUUGAGCUAUUUGACACGCAAACUCAGACUGACCUCAAUUUCCUACUAAAUGCUGGAAGUGGCGUGCCCUUGAGCAUCCUGAGACAUUCAAGCUUUUCAAUUAGCACGGAGUCCUCGGAUACUGAAACACAGACGGACCUCCCUGCGUUUGCCACAGGUCCCUCCUCACACACAAAUGUAGGUCAAGGUGAGCCUGCAAGGAUGCUGAACAGCACAGAAACUCAGACUGUAACCAGCCAAUCAGAAGGCCUGGGGCAACUCUUCCUUACCAGCAAUGAAACACAAACUGUCAUGGAUGACUUCUUGUCAGCAGACCUUGCGUGGAACAUGGAGUCACAUUUUAGCUCUGUGGAAACCCAGACAUGUGAGGAGCUUUGUGCUCUCUUCCAGCAAUCUGACAAACCCAACAGCUGA